UGUGCAUUGUGACUGCUGGUCUCUUCUCCACCUCGUUCUCUCUUCCUCCUUCCCUUCCUCCUCUUCUCUCUGGAUCUGCUCAUCUCUGGAUCGACCAUGCUCAGACUCGUAAUGUGCAUUCUUUGUGGAUGCUGAUUCUUCGUAACUGCAUGCACCGUGUUGUUAUUUGCACAUGCAGCUUCUGCAGCAGCACCGGAAGCCAGCUACGGUUAAAUCAUGAAUUGAGUGAUCGCGUGGCUCGAUUCUCUUACUACAAGGGGACCACGUCAUUGGAACCGAGCAGCAUUUACCGAAGCUGGAAAUUUAACAUGACAACGCAACGGCGUGGUGUGUUUUUAUCGGUUCUUCUGUACGUGGUCAGUCUCAAUAUUGUAGAAGGGAUCAGUUUCAUUCGAUUCGACUGUGAACUUCUACCGAAGGAGGAGUGCGCAUUUGCUAUAGGGCAACGGGGUUUCAGGUGCUUGCUGGAAACGUCCAUCGGCUUGGACGGAUUAAUAAUUCACCACUGUCAGACUUCGGACAUAGAGUGGACAACUGAUGCAGACGAUCUAAGACGAGAGCUGAGAUCCAUCCGGUCCGGUGGGCAUAUAGAGUCCGACGAAUGUCUAGAAGCAUGCGGUCUCGACAGAUUGACCGUGGGGAUCUCAACCGAUGGCCUGCAGACUGGUGCUUUCAAAGAGAAAAUUUGUUCAGAAGAUUGCAGACACAAUUGCCCUCAAGUUAUCAGCCUGUACAAUAUUAUCUAUGCGGAGGAAGGUGAAGAGCUGGGCCAGGUCUGUGAGGAGCUGUAUCAGUGGAAGCACAGCGAAAGACUACGCGCCAGAAAGUUAGUUCGCAGUUUUGCCCCAUCGAUUGAAAAGGUUGCGGCUCCAGCUCCUGCUCCGAGCGGAGCAGAAUCGUAAAUCAGACGCCCCGUCAACCUCUUAAUGCUAGGAUUAACGAAAUAUUUUAUUCUGCACCACGAUUAUAAGGCUUUCAAGCUCGAUGACUUUGUUUAGUAUUCAAGCUGCCUCCGAAUAGUAUGGAUUGAACACGCCUGUUGAUUGCUUUAGAUAUAGGAAUGUCAAAAUACGUCUCGAGUUGAUAGGAUUUGAGAGCCCCGAUCCCUGGGUUUGAGAAUAAUUUGAAGGACUGCUCUCGUCAAUGUCCAAUUAGUAAAUUUAUGUACACUACGGGGAUGUCCCUUGGCUUUCUCAAUAAAUUGCAGGAGAAGGUGCAAGCCUGUUUCCAGGCUUGUU